AGCGGUCAUUACACAGCAGUGAGAGGAGAAGAGAGGACCUGAGCUCCGGUCCCCGGUCACCGGCUCGCGCUGUCACUUCUAUCUGCUGUUAGUCUGCACGGUUUGUGGCGGAAUCUCGUGUGUCUCUGCGCUGGUGCUCGUUGUUGGUGCGCUGACCGGCUGUGCGCGCGCUCUACCGGGUCCGCUAAAGUAGCCAUAUCUGGGCAAAGUAUUCAACUGGGCUAUAUAUAGAUAACACCGGAGAGCGGGACUGUGCGGUCCUGAGGGUUGAGGAGGACAUUUCUGUUCUCAUCCUGGUACCAACCUCCUCCUUCCUGUUCUCCACCCAUCCUCCAGCUGUCUUUUAUACGUCCUCCACUCAUCCUCACCAUGUCAUACCGUAAGGAGAUGGAGAAAUACCGGGACGUGGACGAGGACGAGCUCCUGCAGAAGCUCAGUGAGGAAGAGCUCAGGAGACUCGAGGAUGAACUCGAAGAGCUCGACCCUGACAAUGCUCUGUUACCUGCCGGCAUGAGACAGAGAGAUCAGACGAAAAAAGCUCCGACCGGAACGUUCCAUAGAGACAACCUGCUGGCACACCUGGAGAAACAGGCCAAGGAGCAUCCAGAUCGAGACGACCUGGUGCCGUAUACUGGAGAGAAGAGAGGAAAGCCGUGGGUUCCAAAGACGAAGGUUGUUGAUCCUAUUCUUGAAGACGUCACACUGGAGCCGGAGCUGGAGGAAGCUUUAGCCAAUGCUACAGAUGCAGAACUGUGUGAUAUCGCAGCUAUUUUGGGAAUGCACACUUUAAUGAGUAAUCAGCAGUAUUAUGAAGCUUUGGCCAGCAGCACUAUCGUCAACAAACAGGGUUUAAACAGUGUGAUACAGUGUGCACAGUACAAGCAAGUCCCUGAUGAGAAUCCCAACGACACCGAUGUAGAACAGACGCUAAUGAGGAUUAAACACAAUGACCCUGAACUCCUGGAAGUCAACCUGAACAACAUCAAGAAUAUUCCCAUCACCACUCUGAAAGCAUACGCUGAGGCUAUGAAAGACAACACAGUAGUUGAUCGACUGAGUAUUGUAGGAACACGGAGCAACGAUCCUGUGGCCUAUGCUUUAGCUGACAUGCUUCGUGUAAACACCACAUUGAAGUGCUUGAACGUGGAGUCAAACUUUAUCACAGGAAACGGAAUCCUGGCUCUCGUGGAGUCGCUGCAGCACAACACAACGCUGCAGGAGCUCAAAAUCGACAACCAGAGUCAGCCCCUGGGAAAUAAGGUGGAGAUGGAGAUUGCUAGUAUGUUGGAGAAAAACAGCACACUGCUAAAAUUCGGGUAUCAUUUCACACAACAGGGUCCACGCUUACGCUGUUCUAAUGCUAUGAUGAACAACAACGACCUGGUGCGUAUAGUUCGCUCAGAUUCAGACGGAGCCAUCACCUUCACUCUGUCCGUCCCCGAGCUGGAGAAAGCCUUCUGUAAAAAAUUCAAGUUCUCCUCCAAACCCAAUAAGAAAGAGAAGGCGUGAAAGUGGCCCAAUUUUCCCCAAAUGUCGGACAAACGUGUAGCGGGUCCAUGACAGUGCCCCUGGUGGCCCGGAGGACUGCAGAGGCUGCAUUCUUCCUUUCCUCUCUGAUUGUAAUUCUACUGUAGUGCGCACACACACACACACACACACACACACACACACACACACACACACACACUUCUGACUAACUGUAGAAUGAAAUGAAUUAAAUGUUGGAAGUGAAAUAUUCUAGAGGUUGUGUGUGUGUUGAAGAUGGAGGUCAUGUUCAAAGGAAGUGAUGAUCUGCAGUGUAUCAGUCACACACUUCUUGUCACCGAACAGUAAUUUUAUAUAAAACUCAUAUUGUUUUGAUGAGUUGUUUUAUUUGCCUAAUAAAAUAAUUGUGUUUGGA